CUGACAUUUAUAAACGUCACUGUCAAAAUCGUUCGAACGAAAAGGGGUUAUGUUUGGAUAAGGCUGGACCCCUAGUACCUCGUGGUGCCCUGAUAUGGAUGAACUGAAGCUAAGAGCCGGCGAAAAAUUCGAUGCUUUACAAGAAGCAGCAAAAUCCGCUGCAGGUAGUAGCAAAUCCAGAGUCCAGGACAUCGUAAACCAAACUGUGGAUGCGUUCAGAAAGGUUCGUGAAGCAUUCCACGAGAUAUGGCACCACGAGUUUAUAGCGGAGAGUAGGGCGCGGGCGGGGGUGUGGGCGAGAGAGGCUAUACGACGGGUGAAGGAAGGCGCGCCGCCAUUGUCGCCCGUCCUGCUCUAUGAGGAGCUUGUCGCACUGUUCAAGGACCGAGUAUGGCGCCGCAGUAUGAUAAUAUUCGUGUGCGGCGCGGCGCUGGGCGGCGGCGCGGGGCUGGCGCUGGGGCUGCGGCUGGCGGCGCGGGCGCCCGCGGGGCCGCAUGCGCGGGCGCUGCACACGCACGCGGACCACAGCGUCAUACUGGUCGAGGACGCCGUGGCGCCGGGUGCGGCAGCGGGGGAAGUCCUAAUCCGGGUGCAGGCUUUCAGCGUGUGUCCUGUAGACCGCUGGGUGCUCCGUGGACGGGGGUCCAUGCUGCGGUCCUUGCUCACCAGGACACAGCUCACUGUCGGACGGGCCUUCGCUGGAGUGGUCCUGGAUGUGGGGCAUGGUGUGAGUGAGUUGGAGUUGGGUGACGAGGUGUGGGGAUGCGUCAGUGAGUGGAGUGGGGGAGCUGCCAGUGAGCUGCUUACUGUUAGAAGCACGCGAGUCAGCAAGCGACCUCGAACGCUGGCAGCGGAUAGUGCGGCGUCUUUGCCCUGGGCGGGCACCGUCGCACUGUCAGCGCUCGAACGAUUGAAGUUCUCACCUGACUGCUGUAAGGGAAAGAGGGUGGCGAUAUCAGGUGCGUCCAGCGGCGAGGGCUGCGUGCUCAUCCAGCUGCUUAGCUCGUGGGGCGCGCACCUCACCGUACUGGCGCCGAGACACGCUGCACUCACCCUACAAGACUUAGGUGCGCAGGAGUUCGUGGACAUAGACGGCGACGCGGCGCUGUCGUCGUGGUUGCCGCUGGAGGCGCAGGCGGCGCGUGCCGGCCCCUGGGACGCCGUGCUGGCGGCCGGCGCCGCGGGCCCGCCGCACAGCCCGCGCCACACGCAGGCGCUGCUCAAAGCAACAGCGCCCCGCAACGCCAUCCUGGACCUGAGGCCGCUGGCGCUGGUCUCAGACCGGCUGCCCACACCCUUCGCGUUCAUAUUCGCCGCCUCCUUCUACACCUACAGGUUGUUGAGGUGGGUUGUGGGCGGCGGCACGCAUACAGACUGGCUGGAAGACAAAUACAGACUGACAGCGGGACUGGAUACGCUGCGGCAGCUAGUUGACUCCGGACACGUCGCGCCCGUCUUGGACAAGGUAUAUCUCCCUCAAGACUUCGAGAGUGCGCUAGCCCACGCGUGCAGCGAAGACGCGAUAGGCACUACGGUGAUUCGGUUCCCUUAGUAUACGAUCUAGUCUAAAUUAAAGCUCAAAUACUAACCUAUAUCAUAGAGUAAGGAAUAACACUACGUAUAGAGCGGCAACUCUCCACUCCCCACCAGCGGCUGAGCUAGGUUUACCUCACCCCCUCGGUUUUACUUUAGCCUUUAAUCGUAUGGCGUCAGACGUCACACACUCAGAUGCGCGUGUACAGUCAUGAGCAAUAUAAUGUACCCACUUUAGGACUCUGUCGCACUACAUUUUUGACAUUUAGUGAGACUUACAGUUCAAGUUGUCAAAAAAGUUAAUGUGACAUGGUACCAAAGUGUAUACAUAUUAAUGCUCGUGACCGUACGAUAACGUCAAUGUGUGGUGUUGUGUAAAACGAGGUUGUUUGAAUGAAGUGUCCGGGUGUGUUUAAGUCUUAAAUGGCCGUAAGGAGUAAGGGAGAGCGUGCGUCUCGCUCGCACUUACGUGUUAGGCAACGCAUGGUACAAAUGAGAUUUUUGUAUGGAGUUUCUGGGUAUAGUAGUACGGUCACGAGCAUUAAUAUGUAUACACUUUGGUACCAUGUCAUAUUAACUUAUCUGACAUAUUGAACUGUAAGUCUCACUAAAUGUCAAAUAUGUUAGUGCGACAGAGUCCUAAAGUGGGUACAUUAUAUUGCUCAUGACUGUACGUAGCUAUGGGUUUUCAAAACACUAUUAGGUAAAAUUAAAACUUGACGGCCAGAUUAUAUACUUUAUUGAGUAACAAAUAAAGUUUGAUAUAUUAAAAAAUAAUUUGUAUCAAAUAUACAACUUUCUAAGAUAAUUAUCUAUCUUCUAAUCUGCUAAACAUAAUAGAAAAUGUUUAUGUAUAUUAGGAUAAAUGAAGUCAAACCUUGUGUAAGAACUUAAGUAUUUUCAUACAUACAUAAAACAUGAAGAGCCUAUAUAUGUCCCACUGCUGGGCACACGCCUCCCCUCAAUCAACCGGAAGGGGUCUGGAGCAUACUCCACUACGCUGCUCCAAGCAGUAGCUAAACGGAAACUUAAAAAAAAAAUAUUUUGUUUAUUCUAUACAAGGUGUUAGCGACAUCGUAACGAAAACUUUGAGGGAUGAUUCAGAACAUGAUUCUGAGUUGAUAUCAAGUGGAAUUUUCCGUCGCAAAAAUACGGAACAGAAAAUAAUUAAAAAAAAAAAAUGAAGUUUUUGAUAGGAAAUUUCCACUUGAUAUUAACUCAAAAUUAUGGUCUGAAUCAUCCCCUCUUCGUUACGAUGCCACUAACACCCUGUAUAUAACAGAUAUUUAUUAAAUAUUUAAAUUUUUUUUUGUCAGUUACCACCCAUCAGCCGUCACAAAUGUAAUAAAAUCAAAGACUGUACCAAAUUAAUUGUAAAUCCACAGAUCUGUAAAUAGUGUACAUAGAUAUAUUGAACUUUAUAAAAAAUACUAGCAGUGGCGUAGCAUACACGGAACCCAGGGCCCUUAGCUAAGAAUAGUUACACAGCAGAGACCACAUAAUUCCACUUACUACGAUCUUGAAUCUUGACACAUCAUUUUCUUCCACUCUCAUUAGAACAGCGCAAUCUAGCGCAUUUCUCUAUGAAUCUGAAAGUAACCUAUGUUAUUACUUGUUAGUACCACUAGAUGUCGCUGUAACAUUUUCAUACAACUGAACAAUCAUAAUUAAAACACAUAAUAACGGGUUCUUACCGCGUUUAAAUGGGGAUAUGAGACUCCCGAUAUUUCGACACUGUUGCAAGUGCCAUGAUCACGGGAUGACUGAUCCCCAUUUAAACGCGGUAAGAACCCGUUAUUAUGUGUUUUAAUUAUGAUAAUAACCGCGUAAACUUAAAACAAUGUAUAAACUGAACAAUCACCAUCUUGUUACGGCUACGCUACCUUUUAUUUUCCGCUCCCGUUUUAUUACAACUCCUAGAAAAUCUACCCAAAAUACAACGAGGUGAAAUACCUCAUAUUGAAUGAAUUUGAAUGGUAGGGGCCUAAAUUUUAUAGUCCGAAAGCCGUAAAUCUCCUAGCUAUGCCACUGUUAACUAGGUGCUCAUAAUAUAUAUGUAUAAAAAAUGUACAUAGUUUAACAAAAAGCAGUGUCACUUGUCCGAACUGUCAGAAUAUAUGUAACUAAUGUAUAAUUGUAGAUAGGUAAUUAUAUAGUGUUAUUUUAAAAUAAAUUGUUGUUGUAAA